AUGACUGAUCAGAAGGUGGCAACAAUGGUGCUGAUGGUUGAUCUCCAGUGCCCUCACUGCUACAAGAAGAUCAAGAAAGUUCUUUGCAAAUUUCCUGAAAUCAGAGACCAGGUAUAUGAUGACAAGCAAAACACGGUGACAAUCACCGUAGUUUGCUGCAAUCCGGAGAAGAUUCGUGACAAAUUGUGCUGCAAGGGUGGGAAGACCAUUCAGAGUAUUGAUAUCAAACCGCCACCAAAGCCCAAGGAGCCCGAGAAGCCCAAAAAGCCCAAAUCUGAUGGAAAAGGUGAGAAACCUCCUGAAAAACAAGCAGACAAGCCCAAAGAAGNUUGCAAGGGUGGGAAGACCAUUCAGAGUAUUGAUAUCAAACCGCCACCAAAGCCCAAGGAGCCCGAGAAGCCCAAAAAGCCCGAAUCUGAUGGAAAAGGUGAGAAACCUCCUGAAAAACAAGCAGACAAGCCCAAAGAAGUCCCCAAAUCUGACCCACCAAAAGCAAAUCCUCCAACUCCCAACCCACCACCACUUGAGCCUGUGAUGGUGCCUGAACCUGUGUGUGGCUACCCACCUAUUUAUCCAGGUGGAGUAUGUUGUGGGUCUUGUUAUGAAGGUCGUAUUGGGGGCCCAUGUUAUCACGGCUACGGAAGGCCCCCACCCCCACCACCAUGUUUUGACAAUUAUGGUUAUGGGCAUUAUGACUAUGGAAGGGGUUGCUAUGUGAGAAACGAUUAUUUUAGUGAAGAAAAUCCCUCAGCAUGCACAAUCAUGUAG